GGUUGGACUACAACAAAAUGGCGGCCCCUGUGCAGGCGGCUGUGUGCUCUAGUGACGGAGACGCUAUGAUGAUGUCAUUGGAUGCGACGUGUUGUUGCGAGGCCAGCUGGAGAGGAAGACAACACUGCAAGAGAGGAAACAUGAUGAACUCCUCUCAGGGCACGGUGGGUAGUGACCCCGUCAUCCUUGCCACAGCCGGAUAUGACCACACUGUACGAUUUUGGCAAGCCCACAGUGGCAUCUGUACCCGCACAGUGCAGCAUCAAGACUCUCAGGUGAAUUCUCUGGAGGUGACCCCCGACCGGAGCAUGAUAGCGGCUGCAGGUUAUCAGCACAUCCGCAUGUAUGAUCUCAACUCCAACAACCCGAAUCCUGUUAUCAACUAUGACGGCGUCAGCAAGAACAUCACAUCGGUGGGUUUCCAUGAAGACGGACGCUGGAUGUACACAGGAGGAGAGGACUGCAUGGCCCGGAUCUGGGACCUGAGGUCCCGCAACCUUCAGUGCCAGCGAAUUUUCCAGGUGAACGCUCCAAUCAACUGCGUUUUCCUCCAUCCCAAUCAGGCUGAACUCAUUGUUGGAGAUCAGAGCGGUGCCAUCCACAUCUGGGACUUGAAAACUGACCAGAAUGAACAGCUGAUUCCUGAGGCCGACGCGGCUGUGAACGCCGUCCAUAUUGACCCCGAUGCCAGUUACAUGGCUGCCGUCAAUGGCUCAGGAAACUGCUUUGUUUGGAAUUUGACAGGAGGCCUCGGAGAAGACCUGACACAACUUAUCCCCAAAACCAAAAUCCCGGCUCACAAGCGAUGUGCGCUGCGAUGUAAAUUCAGCCCAGACUCCACACUCCUGGCCACAUGCUCAGCUGAUCAGACCUGCAAGAUCUGGAGGACCUCUAACUUCUCACUGAUGACAGAGCUGAGUAUAAAGAGUAAUAACCCCGGAGAGACAUCAAGAGGCUGGAUGUGGGACUGUGCCUUUUCUGGGGACUCCCAGUACAUUGUUACAGCAUCGUCCGAUAACCUGGCUCGGCUGUGGUGUGUAGAGACCGGCGAGAUCAAGAGAGAAUACAGCGGGCACCAGAAAGCGGUGGUCUGUCUAGCAUUUAAUGACAGUGUGUUGGGUUGACCCAAACUGAUCUCAUGAGCCCCUUGGCACAAGGUUCGGCUUUCAAUCCACCCUGCUGGGUUACAGUCAGCCAAAGACAGAGACUUUUAUUCUGAAGUGGAGAAAAAUGUCAGCACUCCAGUUGGGGAAGAUGGGGCCCCAGUUGAACAGUUGGAUCUUUUGAAAUGAUAACUCGGCAGCCUGAUUGAGUUAGAGUGUCAGUCAGGAGGGGCAUGUGUUAUAAUCUAGAUCGUUGCUCUAAAAUGGUUAUAAUAAUGCAGUCUUAUCUCCUAGGGAUCAGCCUGUUUGUUCAUCUUAAUUCUCUCCCUGUCAGAGCAAGAAUGUCAGGCUUAAAGCGUCCUUGGGGGCUGACUUAUCUCCCACCUGAGCUCAUGGCUGGUGACACUUUAGCCCCGCCGUACAAACGGGUAGAACGUCGAAACAUUUACCGGUUCCAAAAAAAAAAAACGCCAACAUUCUGCCCAUGUGCAUGCUGGAAAACCAGUAGCUGGCUGACCCCCGAGCAACGCUCUUUGCCAAUGGCAGAGAGCACUGAUCGGACUGUUUUGGUGGGGGGGCUGUCCCCCUGUC